GCUGACAAUUUUGAAAGUUCGCAGUAACGAAAGAUUGCAAGGCCACUAUAAAUACACCUGGAGGCGGCAAAACGGUGCCUCUUUCGCUCGAAAGGGGAGGCCGCCCCUUCCGAAACCCUAAACCCCUCACUGCUAAAACCCUAAGUCACACCCACUGAGCUCCUCUCUCUCUCUCUCAGAGCAGCAGAGUAGCCCACGACGGCAGAAUGGGGAUACCCUCAUUCUACCGGUGGCUGAUCGAACGGUACCCGCUCGCCGUCACCGACGUCAUCGAAGAUCCUCCCACCGUCGUCGACGGCGUUUCCGUUCCAUUAGAUUGUAGUCGACCGAACCCUAACGGCCUUGAGUUCGACAAUCUUUACCUCGACAUGAACGGAAUCAUUCACCCCUGUUUCCACCCCGAAGGCCUGCCUGCGCCUGAGACGUACGAUGAGGUAUUCGAUGCGGUGUUCAAGUACAUAGAUAGAAUUUUCUCGAUAGUAAGACCUCGGAAACUUCUUUAUAUGGCAAUUGAUGGUGUUGCACCCCGUGCUAAGAUGAAUCAACAACGGACAAGACGUUUCAGAGCCGCAAAGGAUGCAGCUGAUGAAGCCGCUAAAAUAGAGAGUGAAAGAGGAGUUCAGGAAUCAGAAGGGCAAGACUUGGAGCGAACUACAAAGCUGGAUUCAAAUGUUAUCACACCUGGAACUGAAUUCAUGUCAUUACUGUCGUCAGCUCUUCAAUAUUACAUACACUUGAGGAUGAACAUGGAUCCUGGGUGGAGGGAUAUCAAGGUCAUUCUUUCUGAUGCCAAUGUUCCUGGUGAGGGAGAGCAUAAGAUAAUGUCUUACAUCCGCUUACAAAGAAAUUUGCCAGGAUUUGAUGCAAACACUACGCAUUGUUUGUAUGGACUGGAUGCAGACUUGAUCAUGCUUGCAUUGGCUACACAUGAAAUCCAUUUCUCUAUUCUGCGAGAGGAUGUGCGCAAGGCGUACACAAAGGAUAGAUGGUCAACAGAUAAGAGGCAGAAAAAAAAGGGGGAGAAUGAGCAAGAGGAGGCGGUUGUAAAGAACAUAGAAGAGUAUAUCACGAGCCUGUACUAUCAGUUUCUCCAUGUCUGGGUACUCAGGGACUAUCUAGUGCACGAUUUGAGUAUACCAGAUCCUACAGUAAUGACAGACUUGGAACGCUUGAUUGAUGAUUUUGUGUUCAUGUGCAUAUUUGUUGGAAACGACUUUCUUCCACACAUACCGUCGUUGGAGAUAUUUGAGGGGGCUAUUGAUCUACUGAUGGUUGUCUACAAGGAGGAGUUUGCCCAUAUGGGCGGUUAUCUAACAAAUUCUUUUGAGGUGAAUUUGGGGCGUGUUGAGCACUUUGUGAAAGCUGUUAGUUCUCAUGAGAAUGCAAUUUUGAGGAAACGUAGUCAGGUCCAAAGAGAACAGAAAAUUCGUUUUGGUGAUUCUUCUAGUUGUCCCGGUGUUAAGAAGGUUCAAAGCUCAACAAACCAUGUAACUGAUGUUGGAAAUCCGGUAAUCGACCAGGUUAAGCUAGGAGAAGAGGGAUGGAAAGAGAGAUAUUAUGCUGAGAAGUUUGAGGCUAAUACGAAUGAUGAUCGUGAGAAAAUUCGUGGACAUUCGGUCCUGAAGUACAUCGAAGGGAUUUGUUGGGUCAUGCAUUAUUACUAUCAAGGAGUAUGCUCUUGGCAAUGGUUCUAUCCCUAUCAUUACGCUCCCUUUGCCUCAGAUUUCUGUGGUCUUGAUCAGUUGGGGAUUCACUUCGUACUUGGGAAACCCUUCAAGCCAUUCGAUCAGUUAAUGGGUGUAUUGCCUGCUGCAAGUGCACAUGCACUUCCUUUCUUCUACCGGAAGUUGAUGACAGAUUCGUCAUCUCCUAUUUUGGACUUCUAUCCUGAGGACUUUGAGCUAGAUAUGAACGGAAAACGUUUUCUUUGGCAGGCUAUUUGCAAAUUGCCAUUUAUUAAGGAGUCCCGCCUCCUCUUGGAAAUUGGAAAGGUGGAGCACACGUUGACGGAAGAGGAAAAACGAAGAAACAGUUUGGGCCUGGACAUACUCUGUAUUCACAAAUCUCAUCCUUUAUCAACGAAGAUCUUUUCUUUUUGGGAGCGCAAUAAAGAUAAUCCGAAGGUGUCUAAGGGUAAAGUCAAACGGAAGAUCAACGCUGAAGUGAGUGGUGGGAUGAAUGGAUACAUAUAUAUUUCGGAUGAACCCGUGUGUCCUUCGGAGAUCAAUCCACCAACUGAUGCCAUGGUGAUGAUCACGGAUAACAAAGUCAUAUCUGUCUUCUAUAAAUUUCCUUGUUUUCACCCUCACAUCCCAAAACCACCGGAAGGAGUAAAUAUGCCUGUGAAGUUUGUCAGAAAGCAGGAUGUUCUACCUCCACCUGUUCUAUGGCAUGAUAGGCGGAGCGUACGUGGACGAAUAUAUUCUGAAAGGCCCAUUCCCAACUCUAUCUCCGGUCGUCGUCUUGAAAAAUUGGCACAUCGGCUUGUUUGCAAGUAUUAUCUUGCAAAGGAACCAGGAAGCCAAGGAUCCAUGGAAGUUGGCAGUGAUAUAGUUGUGGAUGCCAUGGCGUGCCAGCCGAACUUGAAAGUUACAGUUAGUAGGAAGGAACAAGAUGCAGGUGGCGAACACUUCAUUGUUGUUGAACGGACUAACAAGAAACGGAAACGAGGCGGCGACUCACAAAAAUCUGCAAGUAUUGGUGUGGAUGAUCUAGCUUCCCAAUCAAACGUGAAAGCAGCAGUUAGUGGGAAGGAACUAGAUGCAGGCACUGGAAACUGCAUUGUUGUUGAACAGGUAAAAAAGAAACGGAAACAAGAUAGUGUCUCACGCAAAAAUAGAAAUAAAAGGUGGAGAAUUAACCAGGCCAAGCGGCAGCAGGCACUUGCCAAUGGAAUAGCUCCUUUGGAGCCUGCCUUGAUUUGAAAGAGUCAAAUCUCAUCCUCCUCAGUUUACACUGGGGCCCCUCAAUAGUGGCUCUCAUGUUAGAGGAAGACUUGCAGAUGCAAUUCUGUCGACUGAUAAUGCUGUGAGCCACAAUAAAUGUUGGUGAUUUAUAGUGAUUGGAUGGUUACCAUUACCAACAGAGCAGAAAGAAGCAGAGCCAAGGUUAUCGCGGCAUCCCUGAUAGGUCAAGAGAUAAAAAUCAAACAAAUUAGAUUUUGGUAAGUUAUAGUUGCAGCACCUGCGAAGCUAUGAGGCAAAGUGCUGUGAGCGUUGUGUUGUAUUAUGUAGUUGAAACCCGCAGAGGUUCGGUUGGUUCUCCCUCUGAAUUUUGUUCUUAGUUCUUUUCUUUUUAUUAGUAAUAUUUUCUUGUAGACGUGACAUUACUGUGCAUUGCCGCAGUUUUGAGGUUAUGAAUAUGCGAUUUAUUUUAAAAUCUAAUUGAUUUGAGUA